GGGAGGGCCCCGCCUGCGUCAGGCGCGAAAGGCAGUCUGGGAGUGGUAGUUCUCCUGGAAGCCUACCGGUAUUGCCAGCGCGGCAGUGGCGGAUCUCUUGGUUCCAGCCAGUAGGUCCUGUGAGGGCGAGUUGAGGCGGAGAAAGGGCGCGGAACUGGAAACGGGUGAGUCAGGCACUGUCUACGCUAUAAAGGGAGGCGGCACCGCGGUGUAGGGCUGAGUUAAGUAAGCGCGGCCCCCGCGCAGUCUCUCCGGAGACACCACAACCUUAGCGUCAGCGAGAGAAGGGUGAGGAGGCGCCCGAGCCCGGUCUUUGCACCCGUUCUCGCCCUCAGCUCCCUACCAGCAUCUCCACCAUGCAGUCCCGGGAAGAAGCUUCGCGCUCUCGCCGCCUCGCCAGUCCCCGCGGUGGGAGGCGGCCCAAGAGGAUUUCCAAGCCUUCGGUUUCGGCUUUUUUCACGGGGUCGGAGGAGCUGAAGGACACGGCCCAUUCCGCAGCCCUGUUGGCACAGCUCAAGUCCUUCUACGACGCGCGGCUGCUCUGUGAUGUGACCAUCGAGGUGGUCACGCCUGGCAGCGGGCCUGGCACGGGUCGCCUUUUUUCCUGCAACCGUAACGUGCUGGCCGCCGCGUGUCCCUACUUCAAGAGCAUGUUCACCGGCGGCAUGUACGAGAGCCAUCAGACGAACGUGACCAUGCACGACGUAGAUGCCGAAUCCUUCGAGGUGCUGGUCGAUUACUGCUACACGGGUCGCGUGUCCCUGAGUGAGGCCAACGUGCAGCGCCUUUACGCGGCCUCGGACAUGCUGCAGCUGGAGUAUGUGCGGGAAGCCUGUGCGUCGUUCCUAGCCCGCCGCCUUGACCUGGCCAACUGCACGGCCAUCCUCAAGUUCGCCGACGCCUUCGACCAUCACAAGCUGCGGUCGCAGGCCCAGUCCUUUAUCGCGCACAACUUCAAGCAGCUCAGCCGCAUGGGUUCGAUUCGCGAGGAGUCUCUGGCCGAUCUGACCCUGGCCCAACUGCUGGCUGUCCUGCGCCUGGAUAGUCUAGACAUCGAGAGUGAGCGGACAGUGUGUCACGUUGCGGUGCAGUGGUUGGAGGCGGCUCCCAAGGAGCGGGGUCCCAGCGCUGCCGAAGUCUUCAAGUGUGUCCGCUGGACACACUUCACGGAUAAAGAUCGGGAAUACCUGGAAGGGCUGUUGACCAAACCUAUUGUGAAGAAGUACUGUCUGGACCUCAUGGAAGGGGUCCUGCAGAUGCGAUAUGGUGACAUGUUGUACAAGUCUCUGGUGCCAAAGCCAGAGAGCAGCAGUGGCAAUUCUGUUGUCUCCAUAGCAGAAAAUCCACCCCAGAGGCUGGGUAUGUGUGCCAAGGAGAUGGUGAUCUUCUUUGGCCAUCCCAGAGAUCCCUUUCUGUGCUAUGACCCAUACUCAGGGGACAUUUACACAAUGCCAUCACCUUUGACCAGCUUGGCUCAUACCAAGACUAUCACCUCCUCAGCUGUCUGUGUCUCUCCCGACCAUGACAUCUAUCUGGCCGCCCAGCCCAGGAAAGACCUCUGGGUGUACAAACCAGCCCAGAAUAGUUGGCAGCAGCUGGCAGACCGCCUGCUCUGCCGGGAGGGCAUGGAUGUGGCUUACCUCAACGGCUACAUUUACAUUUUGGGUGGGCGGGACCCUGUUACUGGAGUUAAAUUAAAGGAGGUGGAGUGCUACAGUGUUCAGAGAAACCAGUGGGCCCUAGUGGCUCCCGUACCCCAUUCCUUCUAUUCCUUUGAACUGAUUGUGGUUCAGAACUAUCUUUAUGCUGUGAACAGCAAGCGCAUGCUCUGCUACGAUCCCAGCCAUAACAUGUGGCUGAACUGUGCUUCUCUUAAACGCAGUGACUUCCAGGAGGCCUGUGUCUUCAAUGAUGAGAUCUAUUGUAUCUGUGACAUCCCCGUCAUGAAGGUGUAUAACCCGGCCAGGGGAGAAUGGAGGCGGAUCAGUAAUAUUCCCCUGGACUCCGAGACCCACAACUACCAGAUUGUCAAUCAUGGCCAAAAGCUGCUCCUCAUCACUUCUACAACCCCGCAGUGGAAGAAAAACCGGGUGACUGUGUAUGAAUAUGAUACUAGGGAAGACCAGUGGAUUAAUAUAGGUACCAUGUUAGCUUUGCAGUUUGACUCUGGCUUUAUUUGCCUCUGUGCUCGAGUUUAUCCCUCCUGCCUUGAACCUGGUCAGAGUUUCAUCACCGAGGAAGAUGAUGCACGGAGUGAGUCUAGUACUGAAUGGGACUUAGAUGGAUUCAGUGAGCUGGACUCUGAGUCAGGAAGUUCAAGUUCUUUUACCGACGAUGAAGUCUGGGUACAGGUAGCACCUCAGCGAAAUGCACAGGAUCAGCAGGGUUCUUUGUAAAUAGUUUGAAAUACUAAGCUAUUUCUACUGCUGUGGAAUGUAUAUUAAAACGAUGUGUCCCUUCCUUUUCCUGAAAAAAAGAAAACAAAGGUUGACCAAGACUGCCAAUUUGGUUUAGAAAAGGUAAUGUUUUGCUAAUGUAAUGUUACAGAAUUUAAACAGUCCAUGAAAUCAACUUAUAUUAUAAUUUACUGUGCUGAAAGUCAAGAUUAAAAUACGCAAAAAAAAUGAACCAUAUAAUUGAUUAGAAUGCUUGGUGGUUUUUUUCCUUUGUUCACGUAUUUAUUGCACCAGUGAAUUGUUUUGAUUAGUUACACUGUUUAUGUUUUGAUUUAACUUGUUAAUUCUAUUUAGUGUUCUGAGGAAGUUAGCUUUUUAAUUUUAUAAUGGAAAAUUGGACUAGAAAUUGUUGGUGGGGUUUUGAAGGUUCACAUUUUCCUUCCGAAUAAUGAAAGUAGUAGACUUCCCAAAUUUUAAACUAGUCAGGUUUUAGUAUUCUAAAAUAGUAGAGUAUGUUAAAAUUUGGUUUGGUUUCUGCAAAGGAAAAAAAUGGGCAUAUAUAUAUAUAUAUAUAUAUAUAUAUUAAGGUUAUUAAAUAGUAAUUUCAUUUUGGUGAUAUGCACAGUGGUCUUAAGCACUCAGAGAAAUCAGGAUUCCACUCUUUUAAAAGAAAUUUCAUUUUUAUUUUUGGGAUGUAAAAUGAGUAUUUGCUAGAUGUGACCAUUUUUCUUUCCAAAAAACAUCCGUUCUAGAAGUAUCACCAACUAUUUGGACACCCUUUUAAACCAAAAACAAUGGGUCACUUGCCCCAUAUUUUUUUAAUCUAUACCUGACAGAUGCUUCAGUGAAUCAGAGGGACAGUCCUUUUUUUCACUGGACAUAUGGUUGGUUAAUGUAAAUUUUUAUCCAUUGGUCAUGCUUUGUCUUAAAAAUUUUAUAUGCUUUCCUGAAAUAGUUUGGCUGUAUAGUUUUGGUGUUUGUCUUAAAAGAUUCUUCAGCAGGAAGUGAUUUUUGUGAGAUGAUAACUGGUUUUGAAAAUACAUAUAAGCUAAAAACAGUGUUUUACUGAGAUCAGUAGUAGUUAUUGAGCCUAUCAACUCUCAAAUCCAGUGCCAGCAGAGAACUUUUCAACUUUAAGCUGUGAAUAGAAUUGUUUUAUGUAGCAUUGCAAUUUUCUGUCAGUUUUAUAAGUCGCUGUAAAUUAUUAUCAGCUUGAAGGUAUUUUUGUAUUAAAAGUUGACAGUUAAAGAACAUAAGUGGAUGAUGGCAUUUGGGCCCAUAGUGAAAAUAUGUUUCCUCUAAAAUAUUUCCCUAAGCAGUGAUAGACAUGGUUAUUUUAUUAGGUGCUUAAUGCCUGUCCUCUAUUUCUCUGUGAACCAUGCCCUAGUCUUUUGUUUGCUUGUUUGUUGGUUGUUUGUUUAUGAAUCACCAUAAUAAGGGAAGGUCCAGAAAUAGACUCAAUUAUGCAAAAUUGACAUUUUAAAUACGAGAACACAUAGGUGCUUACUUUUUUUGUUAAUGCCCAUGGUUGUCAACAUAGCUACACAUGAUAAAUGGCGUGUUUAUGUAUAGAUACUUGUGGUCUAUAAAUUUUUCUACACCCA